UUGCGAGGCGGCGAUUUCAUAUCUCCAGCAGAGGUAAGGCGCACUAUUAUGCGCCUACCUAGCCGUAAAGCGCCGGGUUACGACGGCAUAACCACCACUGCAAUAAAGCAGCUGCCUAGAAGGGUAAUAGUGGCACUCACCAGGCUGUAUAAUGGCAUCCUGAGGACUGGCCACUUCCCGACCAUAUGGAAGCAGGGCAGAAUCAUCGUGCUGCCGAAGCCGGGAAAAGACAGGAGGUUCCCGGCCAGCUACCGCCCCAUAACGCUAUUGCCGCACAUAGCAAAACUCUUCGAGAAAAUCACCCUGAACAGGGUACUCCCACAUGUUACCCUGCGGGAGGAGCAAUUUGGCUUCCGCAGGGGACAUUCAACCACGUCUCAGCUGGCCCGCCUGACCAGAGUGCUGCACCUAUUAUCGACGGAAUACAAUUAUGAGAGAACGUCUGUGGGCGUCUUCUUGGACAUAGAGAAGGCGUUCGACAGGGUGUGGCACUCUGGACUACUCUACAAGAUGAAUCAACAAACGAGUUUCCCUCCUGCUAUGCUGCGGCUAGUGGCGUCAUUUCUAGCUGACAGAAGCUUCUACGUCUGUGUAGAGGAUGCCGAGUCCGCAGUCAAGCCAAUUAGAGCCGGCGUACCACAGGGCAGCUGUCUCUCGCCGAUCCUGUACGCGGCAUAUACCAAUGAUAUACCGACGCUGGCUGGACAACUGCAGGAAUGGGAGGACGACGUAGAGCUGGCGCUAUAUGCGGACGAUAGUGCCUACUUCACGUCGUCCAGAAGAGCCCACAUCGCGGUUGCCAAGAUGCAGCGCCUGCUGGACCUGCUGCCACCAUGGCUGGAUGACAGUAGCUUCCGAAACUCCCGCUCCGGCGACUCCGGCGAAAAAACCGAAGGCCGCCGCUACUGCAGCAGGUGGUGCAAAGAAGCCCAAGGCGAAACCCACUCAUCCGAAGACUUCCGAAAUGGUCACCAGCGCAAUUAA